CUCUACUCUUUUUUUUGAGAGAAUCUCUACUCUUGUUAGGUCACAGAAACGCAUGGCUUCGCUCCUCGCCGCCUCCGCCAAGCGCCGCCUCCCGAUGUUCAUGUCUUGCUACGCCCGUCUUAGUUCCAGCACGCGCUACUUUGAGCGCAGAGAGGGGGAGAAUUUGGGUAAAACCAGGAAAAUCUAUGCCCCGCAUAAGGAUCUCGAGAGGCCGGCCGACCGGCCUCGAGGUUUAGGUUGGAUUCUUGAGCCAUGCAUAUCGGAGACUAAAUAUAAUGAGCCACAGAUAAAAGUUGUGUCUCAACUUUUGAAUGCAAAGACGAGCCCCAGAGAGGAAAAGCUUCAACAAGAUGACACAAUUCCUUCCCCAAUACCUAUUUCAGGUAAUGGGCCAGAGAUAAAAGUUGUGUCUCAACUUUUGACUGCAGAGGCGAGCCCGACAAAGGAAAAGCUUCAACAAGAUGACACAAUUCCUUCCCCAAUACCUAUAUCAGGUAAUGGGCCAGAGAUAAAAGUUGUGUCUCAACUUUUGACUGCAGAGGCGAGCCCGACAAAGGAAAAGCUUCAACAAGAUGACACAAUUCCUUCCCCAAUACCUAUAUCAGGUAAUGGGCCAGAGAUAAAAGAUGUGUCUCAACUUUUGACUGCAGAGGCGAGCCCGAUAAAGGAAAAGCUUCAACAAGAUGACACAAUUCCUUCUCCAGAGCCUAUUUCAGAGAUGACACAUGAGCCAUCAAAUGCAAAUCAAGCCACAGGAAAGAAGAGAAAGACUGUAAAAAAGGAAGUCGAGAGCGUACUGAUCAACGCUCUCGAGAGGAACAACGAGCUGCUGAGAGCACAGCUCGAAGAUCAGAAGUCAAGUUUCCAGUUGGCCAGAGAAGAGCAUAAAGAGCAGCACGAAAGAUUAGUCGCGACACUCACCAAGAUCACCGGUGUUCUAGAAAAAAUUGCAGAUAAGUUGUAAACUGCAAAUAACUCUAUCAAUCUUUUGAAACGAUGCACAAAGCAAGAAUCAAAGUAGGUAACACUAUGCAUCGAGUUAGCAAAAAUGUUCCACACAUUACCAAGAUUGAGAUGCAGAAUCUAUGUCUAUACA